AUGAUGAAGAAGCUCCUGUCCUUGCUGCUCCUGCUCACCUGGGCACCUGCCUGCCCCGCUAAGCCCACCUGGGGCUCCGAGGACACCCGGGACCAGGCUCUGAAGCAGCUUCUGGAGGUCUUUGGCAUCGAAGACCCUCCGCAGACCCCCCUCUACUUCAAGGAGCCCCCCCAGUACAUGGUGGACCUCUACAACACCGUGGCCGACGCUGACGGGGUCACCAAAGACCCCCACCUCUUGGAAGGCAACACCGUGCGCAGCUUCCUGGACAGGACUCACAGCGACCAGAUGCAGCUGCUCUUCCUGCUGUCCAGCGUGGCCAAGAACGAGAUUGUGCUGUCGGCUGAACUGCAUCUCUUCAAGAUGCGACCCAGCGGGGCCGAGGGGGCUGUCCUGCAGAGGCAGCACUACUGCCAGGUCAGCAUUUAUCAGGUGCUGGACAAGGGCCAUCCAGAAGCCCCCCAGGGGAAGAAGCUGCUCUCCGCCCGGCUGCUGGCCCUGCAGGGCUUCGGCUGGGAGGUCUUCUCCAUCACCCAGGCGGUCCGCGAUUGGGUGGCCGAAGAGAGCAGCAACCAGGGCCUGCUUGUGACGGUGCAGGGCCUUGGAGGGGCCCCCCUGGACCCCCACGCCGUGCAGUUUGCCUCGGGCAGGGACCACCACGCCAGCAAGAAGCCCAUGCUGGUCUUGUUCACGGACGACGGGCGGCGGGCGGCUGCCUUGCCCAGCGGCUUCCCCGCUGGUUCUACUGCCUCUUUGCCCCCCUUCGCAGGUCUGGGGUCUGUCCCCGAGGCCCCCUCCAACCGGACCCGCGGCCCCCGCUCGGCCGAGAGCUCCCUGCCCUGCCAGCGUUACCCGCUCCCGGUGGACUUCGACGAGAUCGGCUGGACGGGCUGGGUCAUCUCUCCUCGCGGCUACAACGCCUAUCACUGCAAGGGCACCUGCCACUUCCCCCUGGGCCAGAGCAUGCGGCCCACCAACCACGCCACCGUCCAGUCCAUCAUCCACGCCCUGAAGCUCAGCCCGGAGGUCCACACCCCCUGUUGCGUCCCGGACAAGCUCUUCUCCAUCAAUCUGCUCUACUUCGACGACGACGAGACGGUGGUGCUGAAACAGUACGACAGCAUGGUGGCCGGCAGCUGUGGAUGCCACUGA